GUAACGAAUGAAACUGGGCCUGUUAUACAACGGGAACGUGGGGUUGUUUUAAAAAUCCAAGCCAAGCCAGGUUCCAAACACAACUGCAUUACAGAUAUUUCCUCUGAGAGCAUUGGAGUACAGAUUGCUGCACCACCUGUAGAAGGCCAAGCUAACACAGAACUUAUCAGUUACCUGUCAUCCGUGCUAUCCCUCAAAAAGAGUCAUUUUUCCCUGGAUAAGGGUUCACGUUCAAGAAUAAAGUUACUCAGUGUUGAAGGAGCAGAUAUCUCCAAAGAUAGUAUUCUAGAAUUGUUGAAAAUGGAAAUGAAUGGACACAGAUGAAAUGAUAAAACAAUGCUAAUUAUAGCUAUGCAUGUGUGAUAUUUGUUGUAUUAUAUCUUGAUUAUGUGUAUGUAGAUCAUGUAAAUUCAUAAAUACGUUUUUAAACAAUCAAAAACUCAUAUAGGUUGUUGAUAUACUUUACUUCCAUGUACAGAAAGUGUGAAAUGUAGAGAUAGAAGAGAAAACAGAGGUUAUGUAACCAUGUAA